UCCCCAGAAUUCCGUUCGACCGGAUAUCAAAACUACAUGCGCACCUGUAAAGGAGAUUUCUGCAAUAAGUGCAAUUCGUCCGACAAUAUUGUUGAACUAAAAUUAGAAGUUAAAUAAUAGACUGUUGGAUGAUUAUUUAAACCAAAGCCAGUGAACAGAAAGUAUGGGGAAACCAAAGAAAGGCAAGAAGGGACAAGCAGAUGACUUUAGUGAUGAGGAAGUUGUCAUCGACCCACUGGCAGAAAUGGAACAUAAAGAAACAAACCCUCCCCCUGUCGCCAAGGCAACAAAGAAAGGAAAGAAAAACAGGAAGAGAGACGAUGAUUUUGAAGACAAUGUGGCAUCAGAAAUAGCUGCUCUCUCACUUGACAUGAAGUCGGAAGAGAAUGGUGAAGAUGUACAACCAGCUAAAAAGAAGGAGAAGAAGAAGAAAAAGAAGAAGGCUGUGGACAGUGAUGACGAAGAAGACGAUGGUGAGGACGCCGCAGUGAAAACAAAGGGAAAGAAGCCAAUGGCCUCAUUUCAGAUGCUGAUGAUGGAUGACGAUGAUGACGAUGAGGAUGAGGCAAAAAGUGACAAUGAAUCAACUCAAGAAAUGAAAACUGAAAAUGUUGUCCUUGAAUCUGUUCUCGAAAGUACAACCAAGUCUAAAAAAGAUAAGAAGGCCAAGAAAAAAGAAAAGGCCAAAACUGCAGAAGAAGAAGAUAUUGAUGCAAUUUUAGCAGCUCUGGAAAAACCUGCAGAGAAGAAGAAAGGGAAGAAAGGAAAGAAGGCAGAAGAAGAUAGUGUUGCCAUGGAAACAGAUCAGAUUGAGGCUGCCCCUGCUGCAGCUGAAGGCCAAGUCGUAACAAUGGACGAUAUGGAAGCUGAAUAUGAAGACAAGAAGAAGAAAAAGAAGAAGAAGGAGAAGAAAGUGGAGAAGGCAGAAGAUGAUGACGAUGAGAAGGAGGAGGAGGAAGACGAGGAGGAAGGUAGCACUGUCAAGUCCGCAGCACAGAAGAAGAAAGAGAAGAAGGAACGUGAACGCCUCAAGAAGUUACAGAAGAAGAAGUCUGUGCCAAAGGAUGGAGAGAAGGAAGAGCAGAAGGAAGGAGAGGCUGAAGCUGAGAAGAUAGAAGAAGGAACAGAGGCAGCAGCUGAUGGGGCAGGAGAAGAAGAGGAGGGGACGAAAAAGAAGAAGAAAAAGAAAAAGGGAGAGAAGGAAAAGGAAGAGAAAGUCAAGCCUAACAAGAAGGUUGCAGCCAUCAAGGCCCAUCUGAAGAUGAUUCAGGAAGAGCAGGAGAAGCUGAGACAAGAAGAAGAGGAGAGAAUCAGACUGGAGGAAGAGGCAGAGAAGGCGCAUGAGGAACAGGUGCGUCUGGAGAAGGAGAAGAGAGAGAAGAAGAAGCUAAAGGAGAAGGAGAAGAAGGACCGGCUGAAGGCCGAGGGGAAGUUGCUCAACGCCAAGCAGAAGCGUGACCAACAGAAGAUCAACCAGAUGUUGAUGGCCAUGAGAGAACAAGGCCUUGAGAUUCCCGAUAAGGACGCCACUCAAAAGAAGCGACCGUUCUAUGGAGACAAGCGGAAGAAGAAGGAUCACCAGAAGGAUCCUGCAGCAGAGCAGACACCUUCACCAUCUGAGGAGAAGACCCCGGUGAUUGAGAACGUCCCUGAGAAGGCAGCUGUGGAAGAAACAGGGAAGGAGGAACCAGCUACUGAAGUAAAGGAUUCCUGGGAGGAUGCAGAUGAGGGCGUGAAGGAUGCAUGGGAUCUGUCUGAUGAGGAGGAAACAAAGCUGGAGAAAACAGCAAACGAAUCCAAGACAGAAUCAGCAAAACCGUCGACCUCAGGAAAAGAGGAAUCCGACGAAGAAGAGGAGGAAUCGGAGGAAGAAAGUGAUGAGGAGAGUGAUGAAGACAGUGAUGAGGAGACAGAGAGCAGUGAAGAGUCAUCUGAUGAAGAAGACAUGACUCCCAUCGAGAGGGGUAGGGAGAAGAUAGAGAAAUGGACUCGAGAAUGUGCAAAGAAGAGAACCACGGAUGUUCUUCGAGCUCCUGUUGUUUGUGUGCUGGGUCACGUUGACACGGGCAAGACGAAGAUCCUUGACAAGCUGCGGCGGACAAACGUGCAGGACGGGGAGGCCGGCGGGAUCACGCAGCAGAUCGGAGCCACCAAUGUGCCGGUGGAAGCGAUCAUGGAUCAGACAAAGAUGUGCAAAGAGUUUCAGAAGCAGGAGCUCAAGGUGCCUGGUCUCCUCAUCAUCGACACACCCGGCCACGAGUCUUUCAGCAACCUGCGAUCACGUGGCUCCUCUCUCUGUGAUAUUGCCAUCCUUGUUGUGGACAUCAUGCAUGGUCUGGAGCCACAGACUAUAGAAUCCAUCAACCUUCUCAAGGAGAAAGACACACCAUUCAUAAUUGCCUUAAAUAAGAUUGACCGCCUGUACCAGUGGAAGGCUGGCGCCGGCAGUGAUGUCCAAAAUGUGCUGAAGAAACAGACAACACACACGCGCAGCGAGUUUGACGAGAGAAUGAACCAAGUUAUAGUGCAAAUGGCUGAACAGGGUUUGAACACAACGUUAUUCUUCAACAACAAAGAUCCAUCAGAAUACAUCUCCAUGGUGCCAACCUCAGCCCACUCCGGUGACGGCAUGGGCAACCUGAUCGCCCUCAUCUGUGAGAUGUCACAGACAGUGUUGGCCGAGAGAGUGUCGUACAGUGAGGCCCUUCAUGCGACAGUGAUGGAGGUGAAGGCACUGCCAGGGCUCGGCACAACGAUUGAUGUCAUCCUGGUUGAUGGAAAGAUUAACGAGGGAGCCAGUGUUGUCUUGGCAGGAACUGAUGGACCAAUUGUCACCCAGAUACGAGGUUUACUCAUGCCUCAGCCAAUGAAAGAACUCAGAGUGAAGAACCAGUACGAGCACCACAAGGAGGUGAAAGCAGCUCAGGGAGUGAAGAUCAUUGCCAAAGACCUUGAAAAGGCGCUGGCCGGACUUCCGCUGUACGUGGCUCGUGACAAGGAAGAGGAGGAGUAUUACAAGAGUGAAGUCGCCAAAGCACUCAAAGAUGUCCUGGAGUCCAUCAAGCUUUCAGAGAGAGGCGUGUUUGUCCAAGCCUCGACUCUGGGCUCGCUUGAAGCCCUGCUAGAAUUCCUCAAAACUUCCAAAAUCCCUUAUGCCGGUAUUAAUAUUGGUCCCGUCCACAAGAAGGAUAUCAUGAAAGCUUCCAUAAUGUUGGAGCACGACAGUCAGUAUGCUGUGAUAUUAGCCUUUGAUGUGAAAGUUGAACGUGAAGCCCAAGACAUGGCAGACAAUCUCGGCGUGAAGAUAUUCAUGGCGGACAUCAUCUACCACUUGUUUGAUAGAUUCAUGGAAUUCAGAGCGGAGCUGAAGAGGAAAAAACAGGAGGAGUUUAAACAUAUAGCAGUGUUUCCUUGUAAACUGCGUGUUUUGCCUCAGUUCAUAUUUAACUCCCGGGACCCCAUAGUGUUGGGAGUAUCAAUAGAGAAUGGUUUCAUUAAGGAGGGCACGCCCGUUUGUGUGCCAUCUAAGGAGUUUGUGGACCUGGGCCGCAUCACAUCAAUAGAGAACAAUCACAAGAAUGUGGACAUGGCGCGGCAGGGGCAGGAAGUGUGUAUCAAGAUAGAGUCCCUCCCAGGGGACACGCCCAAAAUGUAUGGCCGGCAUUUUGACCACACAGACAUCCUUGUAAGCAAGAUUUCCCGGGAAUCUAUUGAUGCAGUAAAGGACUACUUUCGUGAUGACAUGCAGAAACAGGAUUGGAUGCUGAUUGUGGAACUCAAAAAACAGUUUGCAAUUAUUUGAAUUAGGUCAAAGGUCAAGGUCAUCUGGAUUCCAACAAUUUGACUACAUUCAUAAGCAUAUAUGUUUCUGAUACUGAUAGUCUUGGAGUCACCAGCAUCUAGUGCAUUUGGCAAUCAGCCACUGGUUCCUACAUGUUUAUGCUUGAGAUUCGAGAGAGAAAAAUUAUUCCCUCAAACUUAUUACAUUGAACUGAAAAAAAUCUUUAUUGAUUGAUUAUCAACAUUGAGUAAGAAUUUGACCGCAAAAUCUGAUUGCAUGAACCAUUGUGCAUGUUCUUUCACUUAAUCGGUCAGUUCUGUACAUAAGUGCCAAAUCUUUAACUCUCAUACCGGUAUGUAUUUGAAAUACUAGUGAUAAGUAUUCAUUGGGAAGGGUAGGCCCCCUUCAUCUGUAGAAGAGAUGCCACUGUCCUCUUUCAUCAUCUAGUAGUUACUACAUAAUUCAAGUUCCCAUGUUCUAAGUACAAAGUUUUAUGGUGAUAUGUAAGAUUGUAAUUUGUAUUAGGUUAUUCUUAUUGUAAUAUUUUUGAAAAUAUGUUAACCAUGUUCAGGAGAAGAUAAUGAAAACUAGACAAUUUGAUAUUAUGAACUUCAUUCCAUAAAGAUCGUGAGCAUGUUACACAACGUAAGCCCUAAAUAAUAUUGUUAUGUGUGGAUGCUGUUACUACGAUUACAGGAUUUUUUUAAGAAAGAAGAAAUAAUUUUGGCACAUACCUUGGUUGGAGUUUGUCCUGUUUGGUGUACUUGUAGUCGUGAUUGUUAUUUGCAGCAUGUUUUUCGCUGUUUGUAUUACCGACUUGUUUCAGCUGUUGAGUGGCAUCCCAUCACUGCUUGAUGAGGUCUUCAUUAUGAUGUUUAUAUAUCAUUCCGAUACUCAGAGCUUGUGUGCAAGGAAUGAAGACAUGACUUAAGUACAAUGUCUGGCCCAGACUACACCUGGAAACUCAUUAAGCACUGUGAACUAUACUACUCAAAGGAAGUUAAAAAAUACCUGAUUCAUUACUACAUUCAUGUUACUACAGGUAAUUUGUCAUAUGAAAGAAUUGGGUGUUCUUUAACUCCUUUUGAUAAGUACAUAUAUUUCCAUGUAAAAUUACAGAAUACUGUUCAAAGAGGUGUCAAACCCAUCUAACUCACUCACUAUGCUGCAAAAUGUUGAUCUACUUUGGGAUUUCUGGUCAGAAUCAGCCCCGGUAGUUUGGCGGGGAUUCGAGUGCAACCCCCAUCCAGACGGCGAGCACAAAUCCCUGUCACACAUAUUUGUCCAGAAUUUUGCAGAUAAUACUUCUUAGCAACCCACUUUAGUGUAAUCUGAAAUGUGAAAUUAUUACUCUAAAAUGUGGGUGAUGUUAUUUGAGUAAUAGUGAGGGAGGGCAAUUGUGACCAUUUGGAGGAACAUGCAGCGUUAUUGUUUCAACUGCCGGAUAGAUAUCAAUGAUAUCUCAGACAUUUAUCAAUGUCAUAUGUCAAUAAUUCCUGCGAAUGUGUUAACCUCUAUUAGAUCAUUGUCAUAAAUCCUGUAUCACCCUAUAAAAUCUUUUAGAUUUUCAACAGAUGAGCUCUUCACUGUCAGCUAUCCAUAAUCAGUCAAUAGGGAAAUAGGCUUCCUUUGCCUAGUGCUCUUGCGCAUGCGUAACGUGAGAAAACCUCCCUCGUUUCCUGUGUGUGCGGCGUGAACAUGGAAAAGAUAUUCUGAGUUUCAAGCACAGGUUUGGCUUAGUUUUUAUGGGAAUGAGAUCAGUGUCUUAUGUAGAUAUCGCCAAACAUUCAUGGAAAUUCAGCAUAUAUGAAAAUAUAGGAGCAGUGGUGCUAAACAUUUUUCAACAUGUAUAUGUUAAAUUGGUUUUGCUUUAAGCAAAGUUUAACAAUUAUUUCAUGGGACAGAAUUGUACAUGUUUAUGAAUGUUUUUGUUUUUUAUGCAUAAGAAAUAUGUCAGACGAGGUGAUAAUUGUUUUGAUAUGCGAUAAUAACUCUGUUUCCAUGGUGAAAUAUACUCUUAAUUCAUAUAUUUGAAGGCAGUUAUAAGACCGAUUGAACUGCAUAUAUGUUUGGGCGGAAGUGUGCGAUGUUUUCUUUGAUAGUUUGUGAAGAAUUAGAAGGGUAUUUCUAUUAAAAGGAUCGAUUUCAAUGUGAAUAAAAUGACAGUGCCCACAUCACAAAGUGUAGAAUUGAUGAUAUGUACAAUAUGUCUUUACAUAAAGGUGAGAAGAAUAUCAAGAUGUCAAUAAUAUACCUACAUCUUGUGUCAUAUAUUGAACCAGACAGUUUUACCUGUGGGCUUACCUGUCGUUCCACCAUUUGCUGGGCAGAGAUGCAUCCCUUUUGCCUACAAGACUUGCUGAUCGUGGGUUCAAAUCCCAAAUUCACACUGAUGAUGAUGUUUGGUUUGUCUGCACCAUAGUUUGUUUUAGGUUUCUACAGCCUGUAUUCUCUUCCAAAAUGGCAAACUUCUUAGUUUAGGGUCUGGACUUCUCUUCAAGAUGAAACUGACACGCCAUAUAUAUAUAUGAAAUAGUAUUCUAAGUGAUGUUAAAACAACUUACAAAUUUAUGUUUGUGGUAAAGUGCUGAUAUACAAGAUGUAUUUGUAAAAUAUGGACUUAAGUUUCAAAUAAAGCUGGAAUUUGUGACUAUGGUUUGAAUCUGUAUUCACAGUUUUCUAUUUAUAGUCUGUGUACAUGGUUUGUAUAUAGUCUUUAUUCACAGUGUGUAAUUAGGGCGUGUAUUCACAGACUGUAUUCACAGUGUAAUUAGGGCAUGUAUUCACGGUGUAUAUUCACAGUGUGUAGUUAGGGUGUGUAUUCACGGUCUGUAUUCAAACUGUGAAUUAGGGCAUGUAUUUUAAGUGUUUAUUCAUGGCCUGUAUUCACAGUGUGUAAUUACGGCCUGUAUUCACGGUCUGUAUCACACUGUGUAAUUAGGGCAUAUAUUCAAAGUGUGUUAUUAUGGCCUGUAUUCACAGUGUGUAAUUACGGCCUGUAUUCACUAUCUGUAUUCACAGUGUGUAAUUACGGCCUGUAUUCACAGUCUGUAUUCAGUGUGUAAUUACGGCUUGUAGUCAUGGUCUGUAUUCACACUGUGGAAUUACGGCUUGUAUUCACAGUUUGUAAUUUGGGUGUGUAUUCAGUCUGUAUUCACUGUGUGUAAUUACGGCCUGUAUUCAUGGUGUGUAUUCACGGUGUCAUUAUGGCCUGAAUUCAUGGUGUGUAUUCACAGUGUGUAAUUAUGGCCUGUAUUCAAGGUCUGUAUUCACAGUGUGUAAUUAAGGCCUGUAUUCACAGUCUCUUCCCACUAUGGAUUUAUGGCCUGUAUUCAUGGUGUGUAUUCACAGUGUAAUUAUGGCCUGUAUUCACGGUCUGUAUUCACAGUGUGUAAUUACAGCCUGUAUUCACGGUCUAUUCACAGUGUGGAUUUAUGGCCUGUAUUCAUGGUGUGUAUUCACACUGUAAUUAUGUCAUGUAUUCAUGGUAUGUACUCACAUAGACUUGUUCAUGUAGACUUGUCCCACUUCAAGUCAGAAAAUUCACUUGUGAUACUCCUGCUAUGUGAAACUCAUACCUGUGCCUCAUGCCAGUGUGUAUCUGUAUUUAUGCUCAUAAACUAUUCACUCAUUGUAUAUUUGCUUCACAUUGACCUUACUUCAUCCAUGUAUUUAUUACGUCAGUUACUGUCAAAAUGUAUCCUUGCAGCUUUUUGAAUUCCGUGGAAAAUUAUGUAUUACAAUUUUUAGCUCACCAGGACCAAAAGUCCAAGUUAGUUUAUGACAUGACACGUUGUCGGUUGCCUGUUCUUCAACCCCUUGUAUUGUUUGACUUCUCAAGAAAUAUAUAUUUGAAACAUUGGAAAUCGAAAAUCUUUUACGAAGAGGAAUUCUUAGAAAGCUCAAAGCCUGAAGAGCUGGAGAUGUGUAGGACCAUAAUGUGGAAUUGAAUGGAAAACAAUUUUUAGUUGGAGAAACUGUUAAAGCAUCAGAUUCUCAGAAUCUAAGUGGCAGGUACCACUACAUAAGGGUAGUGGGGAACUGGUUACUCUGAUUGCCCUGGAACUGGGUACAAUGAUUGCCCUGGAACUGGGUACUCUGAUUGUCCUGGAACUGGGAACACUGAUUGUCCUGGAACUGGGUAUUCUGAUUGCCCUGGAGCUGGGUACCCUGAUUGUCCUGGAACUGGGUACUCUGAUUGUUCUGGAACUGAGAACUCUGAUUGUCCUGGAACUAGGAUCUCUGAUUGUCCUGGAGCUGGGUACUCUGAUUGUCCUGGAACUAGGAAUUCUGAUUGUCCUGGAACUGGGUACUCUGAUGGCCCUGAAACUGGGUGUUCUGAUUGCCCUGGAGCUGGGUACUCUGAUUGUCCUGAAACUGGGAACUCUUAUUGUCCUGGAACUGGGAACUCUUAUUAUCCUGGAGCUGGGUACUCUGAUUGUCCUGGAACUGGGUACUCUGAUUGUCCUGGAACUGGGUACUCUGAUUGCACUGGAGCUGGGUACUCUGAUUGUCCUGAAACUGGGUACUCUGAUUGCCCUGGAACUGGGUGUUCUGAUUGUCCUGGAACUGGGAACUCUGAUUGUCCUGGAGCUGGGUACUCUGAUUGCCCUGCAACUGGGUAUUCUGAUUGUCUUGAACUGGGUACUCUGAUUGUCCUGGAACUGGGUACUCUGAUUGUCCCGGAACUGGGUACUCUGACUGCCCUGGAACUGGGUACUCUGAUUGCACUGGAGCUGGGUACUCUGAUGGCCCUGAAACUGGGUACUCUGAUGGUCCUGGAUCUGGGUACUCCCCAUCACUAACUCUGCUCACUUGACUCCCUGUAGUGUGUGUGCCAGUGUGGCACUGUGUGGUGCAUCUGUGCAGGGAUGUACCUACAUCAUUUUGAGCUUUCCUCCCAUAAUAGUAGCGCUGGGGUAGCCUAGUGGUUAAAGUGUUCUCUUGUCACACCGAAGACCAAGGUUCGAUUCCCCAUAUGAGUACAAUGUGUUAAACCCAUUUCUGGUGUCCCCCCAAUACUCACUCCUCCCAUAAUACGUAAUAAUAAUAAACAUUGCCAGUGUCCUGCUACAGUGAGGUGCAGCUGUCUUACAGUCACUGAAUCAUAUUAUUUUUAUACUUCUUACCAGCCCUUACUGUAAUGAUUAGCCCUAUAUUAUGCAAGUAUGGAUUUUCCAAAGGUUCAAGAAUCUCCCAUCUCACUGGGACCUCUUUUCAAUUUAAAUGGAGUUGCUUUUGCCGAUCAAAAGUAUGUAUUUUCAGAGACUUGGGGUUAGUCUAGUGUCUGUGUCAUGACCAGUGAAACAGCCACAAAUCCUAUUCUCAGUAAUGUUUCGUGUGCUGUAUGCCAUGUGUAUAAUGUCACUCUCUGUAUCAUCAUCCAUAAGUUCCCCAUCACACCCUCCCAGCAUUGUGACUUUAUCUAUUGAUAAACAUGAUGUUGCUUGAAUCAAAACUCCAGAUUCUACAUAAAGCCAGAUAUUGAUAAAGUAUAUAUUUUCAAACAUGAUGCUUGAUAUAUGAAAAAAUAUCAAUGUGGAAGAAUGUACAGAUUGAAGUUAGUGUAUAUAUGUACAACAUGUUUCCUGCACUCAUUGUAGUUACUCUCUGACCUCAAGAUGAAGGUCACACAAGGCCCAAAAUGUGAAGCUGAGAUAGUUAAAGGUACUCAGAUCAUUAAAGAUGUUGAGGGGGAAUAGCAUGUGAAAUAGUAUUUGAAUUCCUCAAAAUCAUGGAACUGUUGCAUGUCAUGCGCCACUCAAAUGUCAGAAGACGUUCCUGUGAAGUGUUGGACAAUCUGCUUGGAUCCCAGCUUGGAUCCCAGCUUGGAUCCCAGCUUCCUGCACAAGAACAUUUAUAGAGCUAUCAAGAUUACCAUGUCUGCCUUCUUCAGGACUGUUCCCUAUGUUUUGAUCUCUUGUGGUUAGGAUGUGAUUAGUUGAUUGGUGACAGAACACCUCCCUGUUGACUAUGGUUGUUAUGUUUCAUCAGAUACAAACCAUUUGAUUUUUGCAGUUGUCUAAGAUUAUUGUGUGUGUGGGGUGGGGGGGGGGGGGGAGUAAUUCCUGAAAAUGCACAAAAUACAGCUAAAAUUAGCGAAGAAAAACAUGAUAUGACUUAAAAUAUGAGUAAAAUAUGAACAUAUUGUGUCUCAAACAAAAAUUCCAGACAACCCCCUCCCCCAUUUUUUCAAGAAUAUAUUUGGUCUUUCUAUGAAGGUGAACCAGGGAACAUGAUUGCCUCCCUUGAAGGGUUACUCUGAAUAGUCUUUAGCUGUGGGAUCUGACCAUGAUGGCCAUGUAUAUGAAUUAGCAUCAUAGAACUUGCUUGCUAAAGGGGAGACGCCAGGAGAUUAAUCCGACUUGUACUUGUUCAUUCAUUAGAAUUAUUUCAUACAUUGACCGAGGCAGGGUGAAAUAAAUAAAGCUGGUUGGUCUGUUGAUGGGUACAGAUGGCCUUAUAAGGUUCACCCUUGCACUCGACAGUGUUACCACCACAUCAAUAUCACAUGACAUAAUUAAUGAAUGAAUUAUUUUGGCAAAGGGGAUGCUAUGGAAAUAAAUAUAACAUUUCACCA